GGCAGGUAUUACAAGGCACGAUGGGCUGGAGGAGGCCCCCGGGGGCAGACCCUGUCCUUCCUUUAGUUGACCUGGUCUUGCCUUUCUUUCUAGAGGUGGAAAUGGCAACGCAGCUGCCCGAUGUGUUUGCCCAUAUGCCCAGGUGGGUUAGGACCUGGAAACAGAGGUGUGUGUGUGGGGGGGAUGAGUGUGUGUGUGACAGUGCCUGUUCCUCUUCUCCAGAGAGGAUACUUGUUUUGUGAGGUCAGUACAGAUGCUCCUCUGAGAAUCUGCAACUCUCCGUAACUUGGUAACUUGAAACCACGAAUGAUGGCAGAGGAAACCCAGGGAACUUCCAGGCCUCACCUUGUUCCUUGCUGGAGAUAUAACUCUCCCUUUUUGUGGGAUGGGCAUGAUGCUCAUCUGGGUUUUGGAAAAACCUUAGCUUUCCUUUGGAAGGGAGCAAACAAGAUUUUCAUCAAUGAUCCCUGGACACUGGGCCUGCCUUGCCUCCUUCUCUGGUCUUGGCUGCCCUCCUGCCCUGUGUCUCUCCCCAGCCCUGAGGAAAUGGAGGAUGUCUCCCAUCUCUCCGUGCUCUGCAUCCUCACUUCUCUGCUUCUCCUCCUCCAGCUGCCCUCUGUGUGGUCAGCAGAUGAUUUCUUGGUGAUUGGCCCCUCAGAUCCUAUUGUUGCAACACUGGGUGGGGACGUCUCACUACCCUGUCGUGUGUCUCCAGCUAUGAAUAUGAUAAACAUGGAGCUGAGGUGGUUUCGCUCCAAGUUCUCAGAAGGUGUAUUCAUCUAUCAGAACCAACGAGAGCAGAAAGAGGAGCAGCUGGCCCAAUACACAGGGAGGACCUCUCUGGUGAAAGACCUUCUCUCCCAGGGAGAGGCUGCCGUGCGUAUCCACAAGGUCCAGACUUCUGACAAUGGGCUGUACACCUGCUUCUUCAGAAAGGGAGGCUUCUAUGAAGAGGCCAAUUUGGAGCUGAAGGUAGCAGGUGUGGGCUCUGCUCCUCAAGUGCACAUCACAGGCCCAGAGGAGGACGGGGUCCAAGUGGUGUGCACAGCCUCAGGGUGGUUCCCGAAGCCCCAGGUGCAGUGGAGAGACCCCAGUGGAGAGAAGUUCCUGGCAUUCUCAGAGGUCCAGAACCAGGAUGCUAAAGGGAUGUUCAGCGUGGAGGCUGUCCUGGUGGUGAGAGACAGUUCUGUGGGGAAUGUGACCUGCUCCAUCCUCAACCCUGUCCUGGGCCAGGAGAAAGCCAUGGCCAUUUUCAUCCCAGGGCCCUUCUUCCCCCAGGCCUCUCCCUGGAAGCCAGCUUUCAUAGUGACUCUGACCUUGAUGCUACUCCUGCUUCUGGGGGCUACUUGUUACACCUGGAGAGAACAUGCUGCAAAGGUGCAGGAGCUGGGGAAACUGGAGACUAUGUGCCAGGAUAAAGAGAAAGGCAGACAGAGCAAGGAAGAUGUGCUGAAGGCCACAGACCAGAGGAAGAAGGAAUACCUGGCUGCCUGGAAGAAGGCCAAGCUGUAUGCAGAUUGGCACAAGGAGAAGUUCCCAAUCUGGAAUGUCACUCUGGACCCAGGCUCUGCCCAUCCCAACAUUGUCUUGUCCCGUGAAAACACAAGACUGACCUUAAAGAACACCUUAGGAGAUUCCGGAAACCGCUGCAGUGUGUUGGGUUAUAAGGGCAUCACAUCUGGGCGAUGUUACUGGGAGGUGGACAUCAGGAAUAGACACAGAAGCGAAUGGGGCCUGGGGGUGUGUAGGGAAGAUGUGAAAAGGACAGGCUGGUACAGAGAGUCACCAGAAAAGGGAUUCUGGGUUAUGGGGCAUUUUGAAAGAGGAUACUGUUUCUGUGAUAAGGAAGAUAUUGUGCUGUCCCUUAGACAGAUUCCCCUCAGGAUGGGAGUUUUCCUAGACUAUGAUGGAGGGGAUGUCUCCUUUUAUAACAUGACUGAUGGCUCCCAUAUUUUCUCUUUUUCUCAGGAUCCCUUCUCUGGUACUCUGUUUCCUUACUUUAUGUGUCGCUCAGGAGAUGUGUCCCUGACCAUCUGCUUCUCUGACAGUGUACCAGAGGUGGGCCAUGUGUCUUUUAACAAUUCUCCUCCUCUGGAGGAUCCUGUGAGCCUUCCAGGGAGGGUGUUUAGCUUAGAGUCAGGGGUAGAUGGUGACUCUCCUGGGGCUGACUCUCCAUUACUCCCCUGCAACCCUGAGGCUAUGUCCUCAUAGGGCUUCAUCACUGUACUUUGCACUCAUAGUGGUUCUUUCUGGAGUUAUAGAUUCUCUGUGACAAAGACUCUAGACAAGUCCUGAUGACCAGGAAUAUUCCCACCUUCUAACUCUGGUUGCAGAUGAUUAGGGAGUGUUUACAAAAAUAGUUCUUGUUACUAUGUUAGGCUGCAGAAAGUAAAAGUUGCUUGUUCCUGUGAGCAUGUCAUAGAUCAGAAAUGAUAGCAACAGCAGAGACUGGAAAGGUUGUGGGGCCAGUGAAAACCUCCUGCAAUGCUGGUGAGAAUGUAAAUUGUUCCAACCCCUAUGGAGAGCAGUCUGGAGAACUCUCAGAAGGCUAGAAAUGUACCUAUCAUAUGACUCCGCAAUUCCUCUGCUGGGGCUAUAUCCCUAAGAACUAAACACAGCUAUCCAAAAAGAUUUGUGUAAACCUAUGUUCAUAGUGGCACAAUUUGAUAGUCAAAACCUAGAAGCAACUUAUUUGUCCAACAACAGAUGAGUGGCUGAGAAAGCUGUAGUAUUGCACAGUGGCAGACUAUUCAGCUACUGAAAAUGGUGAUUUCACCAUUUUGAAUGGAGCUUAAAGAAAUCAUGUUAAUUGAGAUAAGCCAGAGAGAGAGAAAUGAAUAUUGGCUGAUCUCACCCAUAGACAGAAGUUGAGAAAUAAGAGCAGAAGGGGAAACAAAAAGCAGAACUUGGACAGGCUCUGGUGUACUGCACCAAAGCAAAGGUCUUUAGGGAGUUGGGGGGAAGGGUUUAUAGGUUCUAGUUCAUGAUGGUGGAACAGGACUUAGGUGAGGGGGUUGGAGUGUUUUGCAAAAAACUGAGUGAUGUUACAUAUGUACCAACAACUAUAUUUAUUGUUAACUGUAAACCAUUAAUCCCAACAAUAAAAAAUUUUUUAAAGUU